GAGUCCGACCAGCUCAACAUCUGGAUCCGAGAGCUGCAGAAUGAAGCAGACAGCACAAGAGCUCUCAGACUCAUGGAUCAGAUCACAGAAACCCCUGGGAAUUACUGGAAGCUGCAUCAUGUGCAGCUGAACGCAAAUAAGUCUUUCCAAGUUGUGUUUGAAGCGCGUAAAGGAGCUGGAAACUCCAGUGGAGGCUUCUCACUGGACGAUAUCAAUAUUUCAGAGACAGAGUGUCCCCUCAUAUGGCAGAUAAAGGACUUUGAGAAGAAACUGAACAGUGGGGACAGUGAACUGUACAGUCCACUGUAUUACUCCAGUGAUGGGUAUCGCUUUGUGGGUUUGUUAUAUGAGUACGAUCAUCAACUUAUAAUGCAUAUUUAUCUGGUAUCUGGUGCAUAUGAUGAGCAGCUGCAGUGGCCUUGUCCAUGGAGGCAAAUCACCGUCCAGAUCCUGGACCAGAAUCCACACAUACAGAAGCGCAUGUCCUUUGAGCAGAGCUUCACCACUGACCCUAACUUAAUUAAUCAUGGUUAG